UGUUUAGGGUUGCAGCUAGAAGACCAUAAAUCUAGCAAUGGAACCCUUAUAUGAAGAAUACCUAGCAAAUCGUGGAACAGUAGUAAAACCUUAUUACUGGCUAAGCUUCUCUCUAGACUGUUUGAACUGUCCUUACCAUAUUCGGACAGGUGAAGAAGCAAGAGUUCCCUAUACAGAAUUUCAUCAGAUUUUUGGAUUCCCUUACGGGCCAGUGUAUCCUCAAACAAAACACCUCACGUUUUAUAAGCUAAAAACUUCUUCUGGAAGCCUGGUGCAAAAGGGCCACGCUAGCAGUUGCACUGAGAACAAUACCCAUCCAGAAUCGAUGCUAUUCGAGAUGAAUGGUUAUUUUGACGCAGCCCGACACAAAAACAAUGCUAUCAGGCAUAUCAUUCUGUAUUCCAACAACUCUCCUUGUAAUGAAGCCAACCACUGCUGCAUCAGCAAAAUGUACAAUUUCUUAAUAAUGUAUCCAGAUGUUACUCUCAGCAUUUACUUUUCUCAGCUCUAUCAUACUGAGGCCGAAUUUCCUGCCUCGGCGUGGAACCGGGAAGCUCUCCGGAGCCUGGCCAGUUUAUGGCCACAGGUCACCUUGAGCCCAAUAAGUGGUGGAAUUUGGCAUUCUCUCCUCAACAGCUUUGUGAGUGGUGUCUCAGGACCCACUGUUUUCCAGCCCAUUUUAACCGGGAGAGCACUGGCUGAUAGGCACAACGCAUAUGAAAUCAACAGGAUAACGGGAGUGAAAUCUUAUUUCACUGAUGCUCUUCCCCAGACAAAAGAGAAUCGGAACAUAAAAGCUCAGGCGGCUUUAGAGAGCUACCCCUUCAACAAGGUCUUUCCUGGGCAGUAUCUUCAAGUGACACGUGGACAACCGCAACCCAGUCUGACCCCAGACCUCAGAGUUCCCGUAGUUUUUGUGUUGGUGCCUUUCAGAGACCUACCACCAAUCCAUGUGCAUCAAAACGCACAAAAACCCAGGAUUAUUGUGAGGCACUUAAAUAUGCCUCGAAUAUCAUUCCCGGACACCAAGGACCCCAGAAGGCCUCCCAUGGGAACGCCAGUGGAGAGAGUGGAAAUCACGGAGCAGGCUGCAAGUACCAAAGAAGCAGAUGAAAAGAAGAAGAAAGGGAAAAAAUAAAAUCUAUAUUUCUACAACAUGAGACCAAACAACUACGAGAG